GUAUUGAAGGAAAUGCUCAUCGCUCGGUUGUUUGUUUUCACUCAGUGCAGUAGCAGAGCGGGGAGGAGAGGAGAGGCACGGAAUUGUGUAACGGUUACGUUUUUAAUCUUCAUUGCAUCUUUCUAGGCUCUUGCCAUGGCUCUGUGCAGUAGCGACGGAGCCUUGGCGUUACCCAGCGAGCUUAUCGUUCACAUAUUCUCCUUCCUGUCGGACCGUGACAAGCUCCGGGCCUCGGCCGUGUGCUCUCGCUGGAGGGAGUGUCUCUUCUACCCUGCGCUGUGGACGGAGCUCAAGCUGCGCGUCGGUGGCGGAACCAACGGCGGCGGAUCUGGAUCGGAACAAACCCCGCGAUUAGAGUUCCUCAUGCGCAAGUUCGGCUCGUUCGUGCGCGAGCUGCAGCUGGAGUUGGCCCCGCUGGACGGCUGUUUAAGCCCGCUGCAGCACGGAGUGGACGCCGUCGAGAGCGACCCGCAGUUCGCGAAAGAUGCGAUGGUGACAUAUUUAGAUCAAGUGUUGUGUGUGCUCGGCAGUCUGCGUAAUAACAGAAACCUCCAGAAGCUGAGUCUCUAUGGGGACACAUGCAUUCUUCAGGAUGAUGGCAUUUUGGACAGCUCUUACCUCAGCCAGGUCGACCAAGGGGGCAAGAAAAUGAAAGAGAUCCAGCAGCUCUUUGAAGAGAUCCUGUCCAACAGCAGGCAGUUGAAGUGGUUGUCGUCUGCGUUCAUGCUCGGAGUGGUGACCCCCUGCUCUCUGGCCUCUCUCUCCAACUCCAGCACCAGCUCCCUCGAGCACCUCAGUCUGAUCGACAGCCAGCUGCCCAGCCUGAUUUCCACCAUCGAACUGGAAAGGCUCACUAACCUGCGGUCUCUGUCGCUAGACUUCUGCGACUUCACCUCAGACAUGUGCCGUCUCCUCGCCAGCGGUGACCGAGCGCCCCUCCACCGCCUCUCUCUCUUGCUCAACGGUGCUGCUUUGGACGUCAAGCCUUUGGAUGGUACCACUACUGAGGACGACUGGAAAGCCCUGGUCCGUCGCAGCACCAACCUGCGCGUCUACAUCAUGGCGAUGGAUGUGUGCAGCCAGGACCUUCUGCGUGUGCUGAAGCCUAGCGUGCCCCUGGAGCGGAUCCAUCUGGACAGUUACAGCACACCGGUGACAGAUGGUGUCCUGGAGCUCAUCUCGCAGCAGUACCACAAAACCCUGAGCCAUUUCAUCUUGAUGAGAGAUGAAGCUGGAUUCCCAGACCUCAGCGUCAACCGCAACGAGGACCCGCUGGUUCUCCUCGCCUGGCGCUGUGUGCACCUCACUGUCCUGAUCAUCCAUGGCUACACAGUGUGGUCACACAACCUGGUGGCCAUCUCUCGCCUGCGUGGGUCCAACCUCAAAGUCCUGGAGGUGUCCGAAGAGAGCAUCGACUUUGACCCGGACCAGUCGGUGUACAUCGAGGGCGACCCCGUCCACAACCUAGUCAAGGAGGUGUCCCUGGGCUUGGGCCGCGUCUGGCAUCCCUCCAUGGACCACAGCGUGGUCCUGAACGAACCCACUCAGCACUUCCACCGCGAGAUGCAGAGUUUCAGCGCGGGCAUGUAGACGCACCAAGGGUCCGUUACCAAACGCCCUCUCUAACCCUGUGCUUGGUGACCUUUACCUAAAUGGGCCCUUCUCAUUUUACAUAUUGUUUCUUUUUCUUUCAUUGCUUUUUGAUUUUGUUUAUUCUUGUAGUGUGAAUUUAAUAUGCUUUAUAUGUGCUGUGUUUAAUCAGUAUUAGCUCUAUAUUUAUAUCUAUAUCUAUAUAUCCUGCUUAUUACUAGGAAAGUAUAGUUGGGUAUUGGUUUAGUAGCUAAUUGAGUGAAUGGUAGAGAGGGGCUUUUAUACAGCUAGCUUACAAGUUGUACAGUGAGUUGUACAUUCUCUCCCUUUGUUUGUUUGUUGGUUUCCCCCUAGAAAGUGUGGAGUUACCUCAAACUUUCAGUUGAUCCUUCUUGGCUUCUGCAACGACGAAAUCCCACAUUCACGUUGACCUUUCUCUAGGGAGAUUAGUCUUCCAGCCAAGGGACAGGACUGAUCCACAGCAGUUACGACCCUUCCUCUUUGUUCCUCAGUGUGUAAUUGUUAUUCAGAAAUGAGGAUUGGUGGAAACGACGUGUUCGGGAGGCAGAUCCCUCUGGUUUUUCUCAACCUGGAAGUAGACGCACCUCUGCUGGUGAAACCAAUUGUAGAGGUUUUCAGUCUGUUGUUUGAAACCCGCAUGCUGACCGCCCUGCAGCACAAUAUCUGGGCCCAGCCAUAGGUGUUUUGUUCCUUUUCUUGUUUUCGUGUGUGUUGUUGUUUUAAGAAAGCCUUCCCAUCUGUCUCAGGUAGGCAUAUAUUAUACGAC